UUUCACACUACAAGUCGCAAAUCCGGCAACUGUAGAAUCAGUCCUAAAGGAAAUACCAUCGACCGGAGCACUUAUUGACCUGAAUUGCUUGGCCGGUCACAGACAUGCCUUGUGCGAACAUGACAUAUGGAUUGGCAGUGUCGUCCAGGUCAUUCUAGCAGCAGUUUUGAUGAGCAGCAGGGAUGCAUGGUACAUGGAAAACUGUACCGUUCUUCUCAGCGCGUCUUUCUCCUUAUAUCCAUCAAUAUUUUGGCCGCACACUGCACAUACCUUUGGCUGAUGACCGCUUUUGUAUUGCGAGUUACUGCUCUCGAACCAUUGUCACGAGCCCUUCAGCUGCGUCUCUGCUCAGGAAAAAUUAAUAGCAACGUUGCAGCCCUCCGCGGCACACUUUUAGGUUACAAGAGCGCCUGUGCCCCUAAUCUCUGUUUGAGAGUUACUGUAAAAGAAGUGCCACUUCUUGGAAAACACAUACCUGGACCCGGCAGUAAUAUCGGGUCUUUGCGACUGUGCAGGGAAUGUAUGAUGUUCUGGUGGGAUUGUAGUGGGUAUACGGAAUAUGUAACAUUACAACACGAGGUAAGAUUUGGAGUGAGAAUUUGAGCUCGACAAGAGAAUAGCAAGCUGAAUAGCAUAGCCAACCGUGUGGAGGAGUUUCCGCCCAAGUGUCAAACUUGCGUGAGAAAAAUAUAGUGCCAUACGAUCUACCUAACUCCGCUGAAGGGCUCUC